AUGACUCAAUCAUCGAAGGUAUUUCCGAUGACGAGGACUCGAUUUCUCCUACUCCUCAUGCAGAAACCCUCCAAGGAGAAGAAAGCUCUCCAAGAGAGCAAAUACCUGUACGAGGAAGUUUAUGAUAUGCCAGCAGACGCUAGUCAAAUUAGCCGCAAGAGGAAAUAUGUCCCUCAACCCCCAUUGCAGCUGAGGACAGCCAUGGCAAGUCAUUUAUCAAUGAUUGGUAACGAGUCAGAUGACCAAAGAUGCUGCUUGCCAGGAGCAAGAUAA